AUGAAGUUUGGUAAAAAUCUUCCUCGGAACCAGGUGCCCGAGUGGGCAGGGUCCUACAUUAACUACAAAGGCCUUAAGAAACUGGUCAAGGCCGCCGCAGAAUCUGCUAAAGAUGGCCAGCCGGUCGAUCUCGCCGAGUUCUUUUUCGCUCUGGACAGAAACUUGGAGGACGUCGACUCCUUUUACAACAAAAAGUUCGCCGACGCCUGCCGGAGGCUUAAGGUGCUCCAGGACCGCUACGGCACAACUCCUGAGGUGGUAGUCAACCUUGACGAUGACGAGGCCGAGGAGUUAAUGGGCGCUCUGCUCGAGCUGCGGAGCCAGCUGCGUAAGCUGCAGUGGUUUGGCGAGAUUAACCGCCGUGGUUUCAUCAAGAUCACUAAGAAGCUCGACAAGAAGGUGCCCAACACCACGACCCAGCAUCGCUACAUCUCAACCAAGGUUGACCCCAAGCCUUUUGCCAAGGACACCACCGUCGCCAGGAUCCUUACUGAGAUCAACAGAUGGAUUUCUGUUUUGGGCGAUGCGCGUAAUGUCGAGGAUAACCGGUCUGAGAGAUCGACUCUCUCACUGGGGCGAGCUUCAGUCCGGGCAAUGUUGGCUAUUCCUAACAACUUACUGGACCAAAUCGAUCAAGCGAUCAAGAAGGAUGAUACUGAGUCAUUGAAGACAGCCCUGGAAGAGGGCAAUCUUAUCAGUGCAGCAGAUGUCUCGCAGAAGCUGCUGCUGAAUCUGCUGCAGCGCUGCAUCUCUGCCCGUUCUAAGCGCUGCGUAUCUGUUUUGAUCAAUCAUAUCACAACCCUGGACGAGCCCGACGACAUCAACGGACGGAAUUGCAUUCAUCGCCUGGUCAUUCACAUUGGCCGCACGAAGACAGUUACUGAGCGAAGCGAAGACGAACCCGACAUGAACUCCUUCCCCUUUCCCGGCGGGCCCGCCAAGUACGCUCAGAAUUAUAUCACCCCUGCAACAUCCCCCUCGGCAGCACCGAGAUCCUAUGAUUUGAAGGAGACGAAGCUUCUGAGCAAGGAUGACGAGGCGGUUCAGAUGCUCAUCUACCUCCUGGACAGCCUGAAGGACGAGCAGCGUCCGGCACUCCGGAGUCCGGAUAGUUUCGGCCGGAUUCCGCUGCACUAUGCUGCUCAGUUCGGCUUUGUGGUGGUGUGCCAGAUUCUGAUGAAGUACAUGCAGGACUGGGGCCAGUUUAAUGUUGAGAAUGGCAUUGAUGCUCCAGAGUGGCAGGACCGCGAUGGCAAUGCACCAGUGCAUCUCAGCGUUUUAGGAGGCCAUGUGCUGACCACCCAGGCCCUACUCCAGGGCGAAGACUGGAGUGGUGUGAACGCUAACAAGGCUGCUAUGCGGCGUCUCAUCUCCAAGUCGAGUGCUGUGUUGGCCAUCGCCACCAAGGCCAAUUCUAAGGCCAUUGUUGAGAUGCUUGUCAAAGCCGGUGUUGACAUUAACUGGCAGGAUAAGAUGGGUGAAACUGCCCUUCACAUCGCUGCACGCUUUGGUCAUGAUGAGUGUGCCCGUGUGCUUCUGAAGGGCACACCUGAGCAAAAGGCUAACCUCGAGCUGGCGGAGCAUGCUUUCGCCUGGACUCCCCUGCACAUCGCCGCAGUUGAUGGUCACCUCGGUGUUGCGAAGUUGUUGGUUGAAGCUGGCGCUGAUGUCGACAAGGUGGAUUCUUCUGGCUGGACAGCCCGCGAGCAUGCUGCCUUGAGAGGCCAUCUCGAAAUUGCCCGCUUGCUUGCCAAGCACAGCAAAGGUGUUGAGGAAACCAAUGGCAGCAGUAGCUCAGACGAGGAGAAGGAGCCGGGUGUCUCGUCUCUGGGUGAAAGAAGAUCAAACGGCGACCGGAAUAGUAACAAUGUUCGCCCGGCUGAUCCCCUGAAAACCUUUGGUCACCGUUACCUCACUACCGAGAGCCUGGUGCUGGUCAGCCUGGGCUCGAUGGACAUGCGCAAGAACAUCCAGGCUGUUUGUCUGGAUCGGGUGCCGCUUGCCGAGGCGCAUAAGACGCAGCUUGACACGGCACUAUCGAUCGUUGUCUCGGCCCAGGGGGCUCAGGGUGAGCCAACUAUCAUCGACAUGCCAGUUCAUGAAAACAUUUCGACAGAGCCUAUCUCCUUCAUGACCCCUGAUGCAUCCAAAGUCAAGCUGCUAUUUGACAUUGUGCCGACAUACUCUGGCAAUAAGAACAACAAGAUCGGCCGGGCUGUGGCCCUGCUGUCGAGUGUUCGACCGAACGUUGGCACCAAGCGCAUGAACCUUCAGGGUGACGUGUGCGUGCCUAUUAUCGGCACCAACCUCGAGGUGAUUGGCACGGUUCACUUCAAUUUCUUGGUCAUCACGCCAUUCUCGCACCCCAAGAUGGAGGUGACGUCGCGGCAAACGUACUGGAAGAAGAUGGCAACCCCCAUGGUGAUCGGCCACCGUGGGCUUGGUAAGAACAUGACCUCGAAUAAGUCACUCCAGUUGGGGGAGAAUACAGUGCCGUCUUUCAUCGCGGCUGCCAAUUUGGGUGCACAGUAUGUCGAGUUCGAUGUCCAGCUCACCAAGGAUCAUGUCCCUGUCAUCUACCAUGACUUCCUCGUCAGCGAGACCGGCAUUGAUGCUCCUGUGCAUACCUUGACCCUCGAGCAGUUCCUGCACAUCAAUUCGGAUACUUCACGUAUCCACAAGAAUGGCGACGGCCACAAGCACAAGUCUCGUCAGCAUCAUGGCAAGCCGCCCUUCAAGCGCAGUAACAGCCCUGGCCCGCGUCAGCGGUCCAUGUCGAUGGACUGGCCCGACAACGCAGAGCUUGUAGGCGCCGAGAUGGAGGAGCGCAUGAAGCACACGCGUGACUUUAAAGCCAAGGGGUUCAAGGCCAACUCACGCGGUCGCUUCAUCCAAGCACCCUUUGCUACUCUCGAGGACCUGUUCAAGAAGCUGCCGCGCAGCGUUGGCUUCAACAUCGAGCUCAAGUAUCCCAUGCUUCACGAGAGCGAGGAGCACGAGAUGGAUGCAUAUGCAGUCGAGCUUAACUCGUUCUGUGAUACCGUGCUUGAGAAGGUAUAUGACCUGGCCGAGGGCCGGCAUAUCAUCUUCAGCAGCUUCAACCCGGAUAUUUGUCUGUGCAUGAGCUUCAAGCAGCCGAAUAUCCCCAUCCUGUUCCUGACUGAUGCGGGCACCUGUAAGGUGGGUGACAUCCGAGCCAGCAGCUUGCAGGAGGCAAUUCGGUUUGCAUCGAGAUGGAAUCUGCUGGGUAUCGUGGCCAACGCGGAGCCAUUUAUUCUUGCCCCAAGGCUGGUCAGGGUUGUCAAGCAGAAUGGCUUGGUGUGUGUCAGCUAUGGGAGCCAGAACAAUGAUCCCAAGCUGGUUCAGCGCCAAGUCAAGGAAGGCAUUGAUGCUGUCAUUGUUGACAGCGUCCUGGCUAUUCGUAAAGAGCUCACGGCCGCACAGGAGGCGGCAAAUAACCAGAAGAAGAAGCAGCAGAACCAGGCGCUUGAGGGCACAAAGGAGGAGAGGGCGACUGCCGCAAAUACUGGGGAGAGCUCAUCGGCUUCAGCUUCGGCUUCUAGCUUGGAGUGA